CAAAGAAUAUAAAUAGCGUAUAGAGGCGGCCGGCCAUGCAAGUGUAACGCCAGACGCAUUUUCUCUUUCAUAUAGAGAGAAAAUAGUGUAAAGAUAUUAGCUUUGAGGAAGGAGAGAUGAUGAAGCUUUUGCAUCUGUUCAUAACUUCAUCAAAACCAGUUGUGGAGAUUCUGCUGAUAACAACAGUUGGAUUCUAUAUGGCUCUUGACGGAGUCAAUCUUCUUGGUCAAGAUGCUCGCAAAUUUUUGAACAACGUCCGUUUAUUACUUUACCGUCUUCCUUCAUGUAUCUAAACACUUCGAUGACUUUUAACUUCUGUUUUGUAUGUAUAGAUUGUCUUCUAUGUGUUUAGUCCUUCCCUUAUUGGAAGCCGUUUAGCUAAUAGUGUUACAUAUGAAAGCUUGAUGCAAAUGUAAGUGUUUUUCAUCUGGAGUUUAAAUCUUUUGUACUGGAUCUGGUUUAUAUAAUAAGAUAAAUGAUGUUUUGUGGUCUUAGGUGGUUCAUGCCAGUUAAUGUUCUGCUUACAUUCAUCAUUGGUUCGUUCUUAGGCUGGAUUGUUAUUCUCAUCACUAAACCUCCUUCCCAUCUUCGUGGUCUCAUUGUUGGUUGUUGUGCUGCUGGGAAUCUGGGAAACAUGCCACUAAUCAUUGUUCCAGCUGUUUGUAAAGAGAAAGGAGGUCCCUUUGGAGAUCCUGAGAAUUGUCAGAAGUAUGGAGUUGGUUAUGUUGCACUCUCCAUGGCUAUGGGGUCAAUUUACAUAUGGACAUACGUAUACAAUCUUAUGCGGGUGCUAACAAACUCUCCCAUUGAAACUCAACCUUCUAUUGAAUCCAGCUGCAAAGUCCCACUGAUUUCUUCUAAAGAAGAAGAAGAUAACCAAAAGGUUGGGAGGUGGGACAAAGUCAAGAGAAGAAUGGUUUCACUGUCUGGGAAAGUCAAUUUAAGGACAAUAUUUGCUCCAUCAACUAUUGCUGCGAUGAUCGCGCUUGUGGUCGGGCUAAUUACUCCUAUAAGGAGGCUAAUCAUCGGCAAUGGAGCUCCUCUAGGAGUGCUUCAAGACUCAGUAACUUUAGUGGGAGAUGGGGCCAUUCCUGCUAUGACACUGAUCAUUGGAGGAAACCUACUCAAAGGUAUGAGAAGUUCAGGAAUGAAAAAAUCAAGCAUUGUUGGCGUCUUGGUUGCACGUUACAUAUUCUUGCCUAUAAGUGGUGUUUUAAUCGUAAGAGGAGCAUACAAGUUUGAUUUGAUUACCUCAGAGCCUUUGUACCAGUUCGUUCUUCUUCUACAAUAUGCUGUCCCACCAGCAAUGAAUCUAGGUACAAUAACUCAGUUGUUUGGAGCUGGGGAAAGUGAAUGCUCAGUGAUUCUGCUCUGGACUUACGCUUUGGCUUCAGUUUCACUCACUGUUUGGCCCACAUUCUUCAUGUGGCUUGUGGCUUAGUUCACUCUUCACCACACCUUGAGCUUGCUAUAUGUAUUGUUUUAUUCCAUUCAUUCAAGAUCUGAACUUGUAGAUGAUUAGAUCAUGUAUUGAAGACCAUCAUUAUAGAAUAGAUAUAUUUCCUUGAAAA